CUGAAUUUCAUAUAAUUCGUUUGUUUUUAAGACCAGAUAAGUCAAGUAGCCUAUCAGGUCGCUUUAAUGUGACAUGCCAACGCGGUUUGCACGUGUUCGUGUAGCCCUUACUAUUUAAAGAAAAAAGCAGGAUAAGCUGGUGUACGCAAUCCGUUAUAUUGGAUUAUAGGAUUGUCAUUUAUUGCUCACCAUGAGGAAAAUUUAGUAAAAUGUAUUGAACUAUUGGUAUUCAAGGCUAUUUCCAGUGUACAACGAAUUACUUGACUUGCAGAAGUUUCGAUAAGCAGCAUGUUGAUGGUAUAUAAGGUCGUUUUCAUGACCGUUUCAUAAAUGUUGACCAUUUGCUGUUUGAUGCGAGAUAAUUGCCAUCCAUCUAUCUAUAAAGUUAUGUUGAAGAACAUAUACUAGUAAAAUAAUAUUCGUAUUUUAUAAACCGGUAUACUCUUCCAUUUCUUGACGUUGUUGAAAAAUAGCGUUUUGAAGAUGGACGAUUUCCGAUGGAUAUGUGUGAUGGUUUUGUUUACAGGACUGGUCGAGUCUCAGGUUCCGCCUAAUCUGUCCUGCUAUUCUCCCAGACCAUUCAGUCCAUCUUGCAUCGACAAGUACGCUGCUUUCCCGGGCCAUCUUAACUGUGAAUAUGGUCCUUUUUCCGGAAGACCCCUACACACCAACGACACAGAACAAGCACAGAUCGCUUAUUUACACAACAAGAUCCGAGCUCGUGUCUCCCCAACUGCUUCUGACAUGACCAAGUUGAAAGAAAACUCGGGUCUCGGCAGCACAGCGGAGAGAUUCGCUAGACGAUGCACUGCCGACAGCACAUGGUACCAAAGGGCAAUGCCAGGUGGAUUCCUUGUUGGUCAAAAUCACCUCUACAGUAACACAGCACUGACCUGGACAGAUGUCAUCCGCAAAUGGGAGUCUGAAAAUACCACUUUUGUUUAUGGCUCAACGGGAAAUAACCCGUCACUUGUUGGAAACUACACACAGAUCGUAUCAUCGGAGACAUCCUCUGUCGGGUGUGGUUCAGCUCAAUGCAGUGGCUUCUACCUGUACAUUUGUCUGUAUGCCCCCAUGCUUGAUCCUGUACGAAUAAACAAACCGUACAAAAAAUCAAAUAAAUCAUGCGACGACUGCCCUGGUAAAUGUAAUGGAACUCUAUGUGAUUACGGUGGACUUAUAUGCCUGAGCGGAUCUAAGUUGAACAUGACUACAUUUAGGUGUGAUUGUGUGUCUACCGUACGUCCAGGAACGUACAAUGACAGCGUUUGCUUCUUGAAUUGCAUUAAUAACACCGACAGUGAUCCGGAUUGUUCUGGAUCCCUUAUAGGAACGUGUGGAAAAAAUAUAGACACGAUGUUCCGGUGUCCAUGGAUGUGUAACGUGUGUCCAUAUUCUGAUCGAAACUGGAAUCCCAUUCUCAUAUCAAAAAUGCCGUGGGAGAAGGGUCUACCGGACUGCACCACAACACCACCUCCGACAACAACUACAACAACUACAACUACAACAGCAACAACUCUGACUGCAUCCACAAGUCGCGUGACGCAAACAUCUGCUGGGCACUCAUUUGCCACAAGUCCUGCCAUCCCGGCAAUUGCUGGGAGCUCAGUCGCGACAAGGCAUAAUUCUAAUGCACAGCUGCAGAAUGGUGGCAUCGCAGUGGCAUUCGCCAGUGAACUCUAUAUUGGCUGCACGAUUAUUAUGAUGCUGAAUCGGUUCACAUCAUAAAAUAAAUUGUAUGACAUUGCCUACGACGUUCAAAAUAUGCUUACGAUAAUAAGUUAACGUUUUAAUAGGUUUUCUUUUUGUUUGCAUUAUUGUUAUAAUACAGUGUGGAAAAAGGGGAAUAACUUGCUGCGAAAAUAUCAUAAUGAUCGUUUGUACAUAUGUUAAAGUAGCUCUAUAAACCUGUUUAUGCGGUAUGGUGGUAAACAUACAAACCUUUUAUUGCAAUAAGACCGAAAGCAGCUGAAAGCUUAUUUACGACUUGAGCACACAUACCGUCGACAUAUACCGGAUUGGAUACAGGAUUCUGGAUAACAAGAUUGCAAACUAAUUAACCCCUACACACCGUUAAAAAAACGAAACAAAAUCUACUCAGCGAGUUAUAUAUUGUGUUUGACACAAACUCACAUUUACACACACCCAGCAACAGCUUACAUUUGAACUUCACUAAAAUACCAAGCUGAAAAGAAUAUAUGUUAAUAGAUUUUUUUGUUUUCAUAUCCAAAAUAAGUAUGUCUUUUGUAUUUCCAUAUUAAAAAAACAGACGAUAAUGAACCGUACGCAAUAUAUUUUUAUAUAAAUUCCCUUUCGUUUAAAAUAAAUCGGCAUAGAAACAGAACAUUUUCGGAAUGUACCUGAAGACAUCCGUGUAGUGAGUAUCAAAAUGUCCGCAUCAUUGCAUACACAUCUAUUAACGAAGACCUUUUUAAAAAUAUAAUCGAUAUAAAAAUAUGUUAAACGUGUUUGUGAUCAUUAAAUAUGUUUAUUCACCACGGGUAAUCGCUCUGAUUGGUCAUGUACCAGAAACAAUUCUCUUUUGUAGUUGUGCAAAGGAUUGUCGAUCAAUUUGCAUUGAAAAGACAUUGCUUAAAUUUUGGUCAUAGCAAGUGUUGAUCGUUACACGUGGAUUGCACAUUAAACAGUCAAAGCGAAUAUUAUUUAUUCUGUACAGUUUGGUUGGUUGUUACAAGCGACGUAGUGCAUGUGCAUGAGAAACAAAUGAUCAGAUGCUUUAAACAUAUCAUCACAGGAUUAAUUAAGUUAAGAGAAAUACAUGGCCUAAAAAUCGAAUUGGGAACUUGACCUUCAACAGAAAUGCGUGUCAGUUAUACGCGGCAUAUUCAAUUUUCUCAAUAAAUUAAUUAUCAAAAGUUUUACUCAAAUCUUAAAAAAAAAGUAAAAGCUAUUAAACGGAAACUUAACUUUGGCUGAAAUGAACCACCCAACCACUAUUCUACGGACUGUCGGGGCGAACUUCUUAUGCCCUUAUUAUUCUUAAGGUUUUGUCGGUUCCGAAAUUAUUUUAAAAAAAUACUAUCAUAAGGGAUCUUAUAAUAGUACUUUGUGUCGAUAGGAAUUAUAACAAAAUUAAAUCAGCUCAUCUGCAAAUCGUUCACACUAAACGUAGACCAUUUUCGAAUGUAACAGGUAGUUAUAUCCAUCAAAAUUAUCCCUACAUUUAGCAAUUGUUGGCCUAACUAUGUUAUCCGUUGUAAGAUACCGCAUUCAAUAUCGAGGAAAGUAGAACAUGAUAAGUAUUUGUGUAAAUCUCAAUGCUUGCAAAGUCGAUGAAAUGCACAUUUUCAAUGAAUUUAGGAGCGUUUUCUGCAUACGGUACCAAUAACAAUAUAAAUAACAUUGGCAAACAAAUUCACUGCACUUCAGUGGGAAGUUUUACGCAUAAAAUAUCGAAGCCUGCAAACAAGAAAUGUAAAUGAAGUGCUUUGAAUGUACAUGUAUUUUAUGUAGUCAAUCGAUGAUUUUGAUCCCAAUUUGAAUAUGUUAUUCACGUCUUAAAAGCCUUGGGAUAUUUAGCAGCCCAAAUUUCUCGACGACAAGGUUUUAUUGAAUUGUCGUUAUUUAAAUAGUGCUAAAUAUACCCACCUUUACUAUACAUUGUCAAGUCAUGCAAGUUCAAAAAUCUGCUCAAACAACACUUGCUACCCAAUGCCAAGGUAAGAAAAUCAAUAUAAAAAAAUUCUUCACAAAUUGCAGUACAAUCACCAAAAUCUACAAAACUAAUUACGCAAAGAAAAAUCCAGACUGCACAAUCUACACAAUGUCGUACAAAGACGCUAGCUCAAUUCAGUUACAACUUCAAAACUUCAACACAUAUCCCGAGUCCCGGUUCAGUCAAACUACUUUGAAAACUGAUUAAAUUUUGUCAGAAAAAAACAUUCAUAUUAAAGGGUUCAUACAAGAUCUUCGCUAAUGCCUUCACCACAAACAUGAGUUGAAGCAAACGCAAUAAGAGGGGUCAUUAUAAAUACGGCUCCUCUAUUGUGAUAUGGAACCAAUUAAGUUUUUUUAUUCAAAAGUUUGCACAUAGAGAGACUUCAAAGGGCAUAAUAAGAUCGCAAUAUUAUAUCGUGUCAAAAGAUACAGUGACAAUGAUAAGACUAGAACAACGAUAAACGACUUGAUCGCCAUUGCCAACAAACGGUACGUUUAUAGUGCCCUUGGCAGACGCCCGUCUGUUCCGCCCGAUUUUAUAGUGCCCUCGGCGGACGCCCGUCUGUUCCGCCCGAUUUAAUAGUGCCCUCGGCAGACGCCCGUCUGUUCCGCCCAAUUUUAUAGUGCCCUCGGCAGCAGCCCGUCUGUUCCGCCCGAUUUAAUAGAUGCCCUCGACAGACGCCCGUUUGUUCCGCCCGAUUGAAUAGUGCCCUCGGCAGACGCCCGUCUGUUCCGCCCUAUUUAAUAGUGCCCUCGGCAGACGCCCGUCUGUUCCGACCGAUUGUGCCUCCUCCCUUACACGUAUAGCUUGUAACUUAUGGGAAACAGAAUCGAAUGUAUAGCUUGUAACUUAUGGGGAACAGAACCGAAUAGAAAAUAUUCACAUUGUCGACGAUUUACCGAUGUCGCAUCAAAAACAUAUUUAGCCUUUAUCGUUCGAGGUAAAGUAGAUUUAAACUUACACAAAGUAUGUGAAACAUGAUGGAAACGUGACAUACAUUUUGAGGACAACGAACUUAGAUGUCACAGUCAAAACAAAACUAAUUAGUGAAUAAAGUUUUAUUUUGUUAGGCAUUUUAUAUUUUCACCACAACAUACGUAUAGUUUGUCGAAUUUGUAACCACAUGUGGUCAUUGUAAUACAUAUUGCAAAGCAAUUAGUGCUACCUUUAUAAGUUUGUUAACAUUACAUACAUGUUUCUUCUGUAUUGACAUUUGGUUAUACAAUACAGUUGAUUGACCAGUCCCACUAAACAUUUAAUUUGUUUCUAACAAGUUCAUAAAUAGCUUAGCAGAAAUAUGUCCGAAGAUAUUAAACGAAAGAUACUUUUUUGGCAAUAAUUCACUGUCAAUUUGUUAAUAACAUGAUAACUUACACAUUAAAGAUAUUAAACAUA